AGCCUGACGUCGCUGCGGCCGCAGGUGCCCGCCCCGGUCCAGGUGGGCGCCGCCGCCCCGUGCCCCCGCCCUUGGCGUGCCGCGCCCAAAGCCAUCAAGGCCGGGCCGCCCGCCCGCAGCCCGCGUGGGCCUGCGCCGCUAGGCCGAGAGUCGCGCGCGGGGUCUGGCACCUCUGCGGCCCGGCCGUCACGUACGUUCGCAGGGCUUCGUUCUAUUGACGAAAGACAAGGUCUUUACUGGGUGUAUUUGAAGAAGAUGCUACAGCUAUUUCCAACUAUAUGAACCAAUUGUAUCAAGCUAUGCAUCGGAUUUAUGAUGCACAGAAUGAAUUAAGUGCAGCAACACACCUGACUUCAAAACUUUUAAAAGAAUAUGAAAAACAGCGUUUCCCAUUGGGUGGUGAUGAUGAAGUGAUGAGUUCUACUUUGCAACAGUUUUCAAAAGUUAUAGAUGAGCUUAGCUCUUGUCAUGCGGUACUUUCAACGCAGCUUGCUGAUGCCAUGAUGUUCCCCAUUACCCAGUUUAAAGAAAGAGAUCUGAAAGAAAUAUUGACGUUAAAGGAAGUGUUUCAGAUUGCUAGUAAUGAUCAUGAUGCUGCAAUUCACAGAUAUAGCCGAUUAUCAAAAAAGAGAGAAAAUGAUAAGGCAAAGUAUGAAGUAACAGAAGAUGUCUACACUUCCAGGAAAAAACAACACCAGACCAUGAUGCAUUAUUUUUGUGCAUUAAAUACUCUUCAGUACAAGAAGAAAAUAGCAUUGUUAGAACCUCUACUUGGGUACAUGCAAGCUCAGAUAAGUUUCUUUAAGAUGGGUUCUGAAAAUCUCAAUGAACAACUGGAAGAAUUCUUAACUAAUAUUGGAACAAGUGUACAGAAUGUUCGCAGGGAGAUGGACAGUGAUGUAGAGACCAUGCAGCAGACAAUAGAGGAUUUGGAAAUAGCCAGUGACCCUUUAUAUGUGCCUGACCCUGAUCCCACGAAAUUUCCUGUUAACCGAAACUUAACCCGAAAGGCCGGAUACCUUAAUGCUAGGAAUAAAACAGGCCUGGUGUCAUCUACCUGGGACAGACAGUUUUACUUCACUCAGGGUGGAAACUUAAUGAGUCAGGCCCGUGGGGACGUGGCAGGAGGCUUGGCCAUGGACAUAGACAACUGUUCAGUAAUGGCUGUGGACUGUGAAGACAGGCGGUACUGUUUUCAGAUCACCUCUUUUGAUGGAAAAAAAUCUUCAAUUUUGCAAGCAGAGAGUAAAAAAGACCAUGAAGAGUGGAUCUGUACAAUAAACAAUAUAUCUAAACAAAUAUAUUUAAGUGAAAAUCCAGAGGAAACUGCUGCACGAGUAAAUCAGUCAGCUUUGGAAGCUGUCACUCCUUCCCCAUCUUUCCAGCAGAGACACGAGAGCCUGCGGCCAGUGGGACAAUCUCGACCAUCAACAGCUCGAACCAGCAGUUCAGGAUCCUUAGGAUCUGAGUCCACAAAUUUGGCUGCCCUCUCUCUUGAUUCUCUUGUUGCCCCAGACACCCCAAUACAGUUUGACAUAAUUUCUCCUGUGUGUGAAGAUCAGCCUGGGCAGGGCAAAGCCUCUGGCCAGGGAAGCAGGCGUACAAAUCCAUUUGGAGAAUCUGGAGGAGGCACGAAAUCUGAAACUGAAGAUUCUAUUCUUCAUCAGUUAUUUAUUGUCCGAUUCCUUGGUUCUAUGGAGGUGAAAUCAGAUGACAAUCCAGAUGUUGUUUAUGAAACAAUGCGCCAAAUCUUAGCUGCCCGGGCCAUUCAUAACAUCUUCCGUAUGACAGAAUCACAUUUAUUAGUCACUUGUGAUUGUUUAAAGUUAAUUGAUCCACAGACACAAGUUACAAGGCUCACGUUUCCAUUACCUAGUGUAGUUUUAUAUGCUACACACCAGGAAAAUAAGAGGCUUUUUGGAUUUGUUCUUCGGACAUCUGGAGGGAGAAGUGAAAGUCAUCUGUCAUCUGUCUGCUAUAUAUUUGAAUCCAACAACGAGGGGGAAAAGAUUUGUGAUUCUGUUGGACUGGCAAAACAGAUAGCUUUACAUGCGGAACUGGAUCGUAGGGCAUCAGAAAAACAAAAAGAAAUAGAGAGAGUAAAAGAGAAGCAACAGAAAGAACUCAGUAAACAAAAACAAAUUGAAAAGGACUUAGAAGAACAAAGUCGGUUGAUAGCUGCUUCCAGUAGACCAAACCAAGCCAGUAGUGAGGGGCAGUUUGUUGUCCUUAGCAGUAGCCAGUCAGAAGAGAGUGAUUUGGGAGAAGAAGGAAAGAAGAGAGAGUCAGAAGCAUAAACUUAUCCUUGCUUUUGGUUGAUAAUUCUCCCCUUCACAUUUAUUGACAAUUUCUGUGGUGAAAUGACUCAAGGUAACAACUAUGUUGAAAUACCAUGGAGGAGACUAAAGUUUAUAUUGGCUUGUUUGUUUUAACUAAAUGUAAAAAAAUAAGAUUGACCUUGAUGACUUAGGUUUGCAUUGAUUUCUUUUCCUCAAAAAUAAUAUGCUAUGCAGUAACAUCAAAUUCCAUAUGUCUAAAAGAAACCUGUUCAUCUCCCUAAAGUAGAUUGCUGAGGAAUUACACUUGCUCAAGCCUUUUCCCCUUCAAAUUGUGAAUUUAUUGUGACUGGCUACGACCGUAAGAAAUCAUUUGUUCUUCAGCUUCAGAUAUUCAUGGUUACACUCCCUCUCUUGCAUUAAGAACAUUUUGUCGGUGGCACGCUCUCCCUCCCAGGACCACCGCUGCACCUUUCCCUUCUGAGCCCUCUUGUUCCCCCUCAAGCACACAUUUCCUAAACUCGAAGGAACCCCAGGAGACUUGCAACCUGGGAGCAUGGGCAGUGGCACCCCAGGCUAACCCCUGAACCUCCAAGGCCCCCUUUUCUCUGACUUUCCAGUGAGCUGACAGCCGCACCUGGGCUCACUUCUUUCACUGUGACUUAUUUCUCAGUGAGUCCACACAGCCCUGCCGAGGCUGUCCCGUUACUUCUUCCGUCCUAAGCCCUUCCUGUUUCACUGUCCCCAGCUUUAAUAAACGUACUCUCAAAAAAAAAAAAAAAUUCUGUUGGUAGUGAGGAAGCUUUCGACUGAAUAGGUUCAACACUCUUUAUACAGAGAAUUGUACAAGUUUGCAAAUAUUUUAACAAUAUUAAAUGUGCAAUAGAAUUUUAUAAAAUAAUUAGAAAAGACAUUUUAGACUUAAGAUUUUAAAUUGUGGCAGGUGGUACGACUGUUGAUUCAGGGUACUUUCUUGGAUUGCUCACAUUUCUCUGAUGUACUACACCUGGUGCCAUUGGGAAAGAAGCUUAAAUGUCAGUUCAGUUACUGUUACAGCCCUGGGCAUUUUAUUAUCACAGUCUUAGUUCUCAGGUUGGUACUUGAAUUAUUGCUGCAGAGCAGUAAUGGUUAAAAUAAGACUUUGGGAUUUAUAAAAAGGGAUUUUUGUUGUUGUUGAAGUACAUUUUAGAUUAAGAUUUAACAUGUAAAGAUAUUGUUAAAGGGUAAUACAUUGUAUUUUCUGCAUUGAGUGAGAUACUUUUUAUUGAAAAUCAAGUGACAUUUCAAAAGUUCUAUAACAAUUAUGUUUUCUGCUUAAAGUAAAAAUCCCCAGAGAUUAACUUAGAAAAUGUAGUCUUCUAAAUUUCAGAUUGAUACUCAUAGUAUUUUCAUAAUCCCAUGUUUUGAUAACAUACUGAUCACCACUUUAUAUCCACGAAGGCAAAUAACUAAUAUAGGAGAAUAGAAUAAGUUGCACUAAUUAUUGUAAAUACAUAUAUUCUUCAAAUGAGUGAAAUGUCUCAUUCCAUGAAAGACUGAAAAGGAAUUGAAUGCUUGGAAUAGGAGGGUUGACCAAGGAAGAAUUUUAGCAUGGUGUUAAGGUUAAAAUGACAUUUCUCUACUGCCUACUUCUAUGUCAACAACUGAUUUUUCUUUCUUUACUCAGAUUUUUAACAUUGCUGAUAAAAAUUAUGUUCCUGUGUUUCAUAUGUAAAAGUAUACGUAGACAAGUUAUAUUGAAUGAACUAUAUUACAGUUACACAUUUAAAAUUUUCGAGAGAUCAGCCACUAAGACUAAUUUUAAUUUUUAAAAAUUAUUUAUUUAUUUUUUUAAUUGAUUUUUUUUUUAGAGCAAGAGGAAGGGAGAGGGAUAGAGAAAUAGAAACAUAAAUGAGAGAAACUUCAUCGAUUGGCUGACUCCUGCAUGCAUCUUGCUGGGAAUUGAGCCUGCAACUCAGGCAUGUGCCAAUGGGAGAGAGAGGGGGGAUUGAACCAGUGACCUCUUGGUUCCUGGUGACGCUCAACCACUGAGCCACACUGGCCAGGUAAGACUAAUUUUACAAGGGAAAAAAGCCUUUUUUUUAUGUACAGUUAAUUUUUAGUUCUGAAUUAGAAAUGGCAUUUAUUUAGUUCUUACAAUAUAGUGUGACUGUUUCACACUUUAUGUACACUGUUUUCUGUAUGAAUGGGAUAGGUGUUUAUAUAUAAAGAUCAUGAUACUCUUUUAUCCAUGUGCCAAAUGGGAAUUAGGAUUACUUGACAAUCAUUGUGAAGCCUUAUGUUACCAAAACAUUUAGUAAAAAAUAAAAAAGUAGACAUUUAUGGGAUACUUUUUGAAAAACAUUUUUUUAUGCUUACUAAAGAAAAUGCUUUCACAAUAAUUUGUGUAUUGUUCCUUUUAUAGAAGGUAAAUUUUCUUCUGUGGUCAGCACUUGAUUAGCCUUGCAAGUCAUGCUUUUGGGACCUUUUUGAGAAUUAGUAAGUGUUCUGUUUCAUUAAGUCUUUUGUUAAUACUAUGAAGUUGUCAACUCACUUAGCUCAGAUGAAAUUUGUCACCCAACAAGGAGAGUGGUCAGCAUUAGGAGGCAGUUUUACUAGGCUAGUGCUUUACCUGGUAGCGACAUACUGACCUUUGUUAGCACUCUGGUCAGUGAGGUAGAGUUAAGGGUACUGGAAGGCAUAGGGCUGCUGGACAGACUUAUAGUUCCUUUUAAGUUACAUUUUGAUAGGAAUUUCCACAAUCACACAACCUGUCCAUAAGUCAGACUAAAGCACAUUCCAACACCCUACAGAAGUUAUGUGUGGGUUUAAUAAUUUUAGAUGAUUCACCUUCUAUUCCAUUACUAGGACUGUAUGAACUAUUCCAUUACUGCUGAUAUUUAAGCAUCAACUUUAAUAAACUCUCUUUUUGAUUAAAGAAGGCUGCCCAUGGGUUCCUGCAUAAUGUUAAACUUUAUCUUUGUUACCCUUUGAAAUCCCUUCUAGGGUUGGGAUGCUUUGGUGUUAAUUGAAUUAGAUUUUGGGAUCUCUUACUCAGAUUCAAACUUAUACUUAAUGUUUUGUGUUUUUUCUUCUUUUUAAGAAAUUAACCAAAUAGAUUCUUUAAAAGGAAAAAAAAUUAAGUCUACCUAAUUUGCUAUGUACUCUGCUACCUAUAUGAAUGUACCAAUGGUAAUGAAGUCAAUAAAUAGGAAACAAGUUAUUCCUUCUCCCUUUUAAAAUGUUCAAAACUUGCUAAUAAGGGACUGAAACCAUUACCUUUAUCAGAAUCCCCAAAGUCAGUGUAGUUUUUGCCAUGUCUGUAAUUAUUACUUUGUGAUUAAUUUCAAAAGAAUUCUUAGCCUCUGCAGUCUAGAGAUGGUAGAUUUAUUUUACCUUUAUGCUUGUGCAUAACGUUCUAUGUAACAUAUAAUCUUGGGUGGUAAAGUCAUCAGUUAAUUUUGACUUACAUGUAGGAACUUGAAGUAUUUAAGAGUUAAAUUUUAUAAAUGCUGACAGACCCUAAGAAGCCAUGUAUUAUAUAAAACCUUCUGCCACCUGAAUUAAUAAAGGAAAAUAUCAACAUUGGUUUUGACAGCAACCUCCUAGCAUUCAAACUGUACUUUAAAUUUUCAAACACACUGACUGUAGGAAGAUUUUCAUUUUAUUACUUGCAAGUUUGGUUUUCUCUUCUUUCAUGAGAUUUUCUUCUUCUACAUUAAUAAUACAUAAAAAUUUGAAACUGGAACUAUAUUAUACUUUUUAACCAAUUGCUUGUGGCUACACUCAUGUAAUUCAGUUCAUAUAAGAACUAAGUUAUUAAUCUCACUAACAUGAGAUUAAGUUAUAACAUGUGUAUAACUGCUUUAUAUAUUUGUAGUGAUUAAUUCUUAUUUCACUGAUGCUAUUAAUCAUGCAGCACUGAAUUCAUGCUACAUUUACCUUUAGAAUUGGAUUUGAAGAACUCAAUGUAAUUGUGGUAUACAUGUGGGGUGGAGAACUUGUUCAUUUUGUCAAAACAUAUUCUCUGACAAGGCUUCAGAAACUAUGCUGUUAGGAGAUUUUUAAUGUAUAAUAAAGUCCAUGAUUUUUGUACCAUCA